AUAAAGUAUGCAAACUCUUGUGGGAACACAAAAAGGCUCCAUCUAUCAUCUAGAAAUCAACAGACCCAAAUCAUUGUACCUUAUUUCAGCUUACCACUAGAAAUUCCAUGUCUUCCCAACUCUUCCAAGAUUUCAAAGCAGCUGUCGAUCUCAUCAAUAAAGCAGAUGAUGUCCGAGUUGUCGUCUUGACAGGCAGAGGCAAUCACUUCUGCGCUGGCUUGGAUCUUAAGGAAGCUCCCUUAAUGUUUUAAGUAAUUACUACCCCCCCUAAAUUCAGUUCCAUGAAGACAUGGAUCAAGCAAGAAAAUCAAUUAGAAUCUACGAUCUCCUCAAAGACUGGUAAUUAGCCAUGACAUCCUUGUCAAGAAUCAAGGUUCCAGUCAUUGUUGGAAUCUAAGGCUAUUGCUUAGGUGGAGGAGUCGACCUCAUCACCUCUGCUGACAUCAGAUAUUGCUCCGAAGAUGCUAAAUUCUCCAUUAAAGAAAUCGAUCUCGCCAUGUAAUGAAUUUCAAUUAAAUGCUCCAGGGCUCCUGACAUAGGCACCUUGCAAAGAUUAGGUUUGUAAAAUGCUAACACUUCACUCUUCAGAGAACUAGCUUACACAGGAAGAACCUUUAGUGCUCAAGAGGCUCUCAAGUUGGGAUUGGUCAGCAAAAUCGUAAAGAAUGAAAAUUUAAAUGAAGAAAUAUUCAAAUUAGCAGAAUUGAUCGCCACAAAAUCCCCAGUUGGUUGCUACACAAUCAAAAGCAUUUUAACAAGAGAAUAAAACCUAGAUUAGCAUUUAGAUGUUAUGGCUAGAACCAAUAUGGCUAUGCUCUUUACAAAUGACAUCCCCAUUGCAAUUACAUCUUCCAUGACUAAAACCAAGCCAGAAUACCCUAAAUUGUGAGUUAUAAUCAUAUAUAUAAUUUUAAAAUAC